AUCACCGUGAUCUUUUUCAGGAGCUCGCCAAUUUCGGCACUGCAUCGAAGUUUAGCCAUAUUCAAAGGUUUACUCUCAGUUUUGCGUCCGACGUUAAAGAUGGGAAUGCGCUCUGUCAGGAAUUUUGGGGGGUGCGGGAUGUUAGUCUGCGUGCAAAUACUAUACGUGGACUUUCUUGACCGAAUGACAUGCGCGCCCGCGUACAACUACAUCGGCCAUCGCGACCUCCCACUGCUUGUUGUCAAUUCUUUCGAAGUCAUGACAGCGCUCCUGCAGCUAGAUUCCAUUCGAUCACUACUAUGACCUCAUUCCUCGUGGUAGCUUAUGAACCACAAGAUAUUUGUAGAGAUCAGCGAUACACUAUUUCCUUGCGCUGGCACGUCUGCUGGCCUCUUCAUACGCCAAUGCCAACGCCGACACGCAGACCACCAAGUUACGAGUGCAUGCCGCACCCUUUUACUUUUCAAAGUGGCUCGCCAUGCCGCCAUUACGAUCCCGAACCGAGAGCAGACUACACGAUGUUCAUCCAACAGGUGAAUACUAGUCUAGCCUUUGCCGCAUCAGGAUUCCCGCAGGAUAUUUGUGCCACGUAUCGUGAGCAGGUUGUAUGCUCGGUCCCGAAUGAUCCCGUUUUGCGUGGCAUGACCAAUACCCCAGGUGGUGGUUGGCUGUGAACAGGAAAGGAAUAACCAGAGGCAUUUGCGGAGAAUGCAGUACCUGGAGCCGGUGCUUCAAUCAACGCUACUUGAACCUAUUGUCCG